AACACAAAUACAAAGUCAAAAUCUCAUUUGUGCAGUCUUGAGAAACAAGACACCAUCAAUGUAGAGAGAUCUUGAACAAGUCAAUAUAAACCCCACCUCAACACAAAGCAAAGUAUCAAUUCUCUCAUUUCUCAUACUUUCUCUCAAAACCCAAAAUCGGAAAAAACCAUGGCCGGAGUUGAAUUCCUCUCCAAAGAAUAUGGAUAUGUAAUUCUUGCUCUUGCUGCCUACUGCUUCCUCAACUUUUGGAUGUCCUUUCAAGUCGGCAAAGCCCGCAAACAGUACAAGGUUUCUUAUCCAACAAUGUAUGCUACUGAAGCUGAAAACAAGAAUGCUAAGUCCUUUAACUGUGUUCAGAGAGGUCAUCAGAAUUCAUUAGAAAUGAUGCCAAUGUUUUUCAUGCUGAUGAUUGUUGGAGGAAUUAGGCACCCCUUGAUUUGUGCAUCUCUUGGAGCUGUUUAUAUUGUAUCUCGCUAUUUCUACUUCACUGGUUAUUCCACUGGGGAUCCCCAAAAUCGUCUUACUCUUGGGAAAUACAAUUUCUUGGCAAUUAUGGGACUGAUGAUUUGCGCAAUAUCUUGUGGAGUUAAUUUCCUUAUGUCAUGAAUAAUAGUCUCAAAUAGAGCAACCUAACCUCCUUGUGAUUCCUUUUAUUUCCAGUACGGGAUGAUGUCUUUUUUAUGUCUAUUUUGUCAUUAAUAUGAAUUAAAUUGGUACUUUCUGUAUCAAGUUACCUCAUCUGCAUACUGUUUUCAGUGUUUGCCAUUUUUAGUUGCAGUGAUUUUAUUAUGAUUUGGAAGGAAA